AUGGCGACGGUGCAGGCGGUGGCCAAAGGGACCCUGGUCUCGCCGUGCGGCAACCGGGCCGCAGGAUUUGGUGCCCGGCGGCGCGGUGCCGUGGCGGCCCGCAUGUCGCCCUGCGCGCCGGCGGCCGUGCGGAUCGGCAGGAAGAGCCCGUUUCUUGGCGCUAGGCUCACGGUCGGUCCCAGGAGAUCCAAGCUCGUUUCCCGGAAUCUAGUCGCCUCACCGGUGCAGAUGAAUCUUGCGUUUGCGAAAUCCACCAAGUGGUGGGAAAAGGGUCUGCAGCCCAACAUGAGGGAGAUUGAGUCCGCUCAGGACCUCGUCGACUCGCUGGCCAACGCCGGCGACAGGCUCGUCGUCGUUGACUUCUUCUCCCCUGGCUGCGGCGGCUGCCGUGCCCUCCACCCCAAGAUUUGCCAGUUUGCGGAACAGAACCCAGAUGUGCUGUUCUUGCAAGUGAACUACGAGGAACACAAAUCGAUGUGCUACAGCCUCCAUGUCCAUGUUCUGCCCUUCUUCAGGUUCUACCGGGGAGCCCAGGGCCGCCUCUGCAGCUUCAGCUGUACUAACGCAACCAUAAAGAAGUUCAGGGAUGCGCUUGCCAAGCACAAUCCGGAUAGGUGUAGCAUUGGCCCAACCAGGGGCCUCGAGGAGUCUGAGCUGCUGGCCUUGGCUGCGAACAAGGACCUGCAGUUCACCUACACGAAGCUGCCAGAAUCAGUUCCGAGUGGAGACUCCGAGGUCAUUGCUCCUGGGAGCCCAAGGCUUCCUCCACCGGCAAAACCAUUGGUGCGGCAGGGCUCCGGAGAGAGGACCUUGGUCUCAUCAGGAAGAUGA